AUGCCAGCGCUCCCCACCUGGCCCCCCGAGCUCAGCGACGUGCAGCGCGAGACGCUCCUCCGCGAGUCCUCGGUGUGGGCGCUCGCGCACGGCUUCACGCUGCUCCCGCCCUCACCUUCCGAUCCGCCAACAUCGACGAUCGCGGCGCCGCUCUCGCUGCUGCCCUCCCCCUUCCCGAGGGCCGAGUAUGAGAAGGCACGCCGUAUCCAGACGGCGUACAAUGCGCUGUAUGCGCGUGUCGCGCUCGACACCGCCUUCCUCGACAAGGUCAUGCAGGACGUCGCGCCCGUGGACGCGUUCCAGGCCGAGCUUUGGAGCCGCUGGAAGGAGAUCCGCGACGACCUCGCGCAGCCCCUCCAGCUCGGCCUGUUCCGGAGCGACUACCUGCUACACACGGAGGGCGACAGGGCUGAGAUCAAGCAGGUCGAGUUCAACACCAUCGCGGCGAGCUUUGGCGCUCUGUCCCAGAAGGCAGGGGAGAUGCACCGGUUCCUUGCGCAGAAGACCGAGGGCUUCUUCCAGCCCCCCCGCUCCCUUCUCGAGGACAAGUCGGCCUACCCUCUCAACCGGAGUGCGGAGGGUCUGGCCGGCGGCCUCCUGGGCGGCUGGGCGGCAUAUGGGCGGGACAAGGCGGCGGUGCUCUUCGUCGUGCAGCCCGGGGAGCGGAACGUCUUCGACCAGCGCGGGCUCGAGUACAUCCUGUCCUCGAAGGGUGUGCGCGUGAUCCGGAUGACGUUUGCGGAACUGGGCGCCAACGCCCGAGUGGGCCCCGAAGGCCGGCUGUUCGUGCGCGACCUCGAGGGCGCGCAGGGCGUGCAGGGCGCGCAGGGCAAGCAGUUCGAGAUCGCCGUCGUCUACUACCGCGCCGCAUACACGCCGGACGACUACAAGAGCGCCAAGGACUGGGACACGCGCGUGCUCCUCGAGAAGAGCACGGCCAUCAAGUGUCCCUCCAUGGCGCUCCAGCUGGCAGGCGCAAAGAAGGUGCAGCAGGAACUCGCGCAGCCGGGCGUGCUCGAGGACUUCUUGCUUGGCAAGAAUCGGCCGGCCGUAGGCCUCCAGCAGCCCCUGACACAGCAGGACGUCGAUGCGCUCCGCGACACGUGGACGGGACUUUGGCCCAUGGACGACUCGGAGCUCGGCAAGGAGGCCGCGCGCCUCGCGCAGGAAGAGCCGGAACGCUUCGUCCUCAAGCCGCAGCGCGAGGGCGGAGGCAACAACAUCUACCGCAAGGACAUCCCCGGACAUCUCGCCAAGCUCGGCCCCGGGGAGAAGAACGGAUACAUCCUCAUGGAGCUCAUCGAGCCGCCGCAGGGCGUGCACAACUGGCUCGUCCGCGGAGGAGAGGGAAUAGCCCGCUACGCCGACAUUGUCUCCGAGCUGGGCGUGUAUGGCGUCGCGCUCUUUGGCGGGGACGACAGCGCGGCCGUCAACGCCGAGGUCGGCACGCUGCUCCGCACCAAGGGCCGUGAGAGCGACGAGGGCGGCGUCGCGAUCGGCAUCUCGUCCAUCGAUUCGCCCAUCCUCGUGUAG